AUGAGCACAAUCGUCUUUUUCAGGGAUUUAGAGAGAAGAAUUGUGGAAACUGAGAUGAAAAUAACACUAGCAAAAAGUCAAGGUUUUCAUAGUAACCAAUUGAAGUCAUCUUCUAACAAAAACUUUCUUGCUGUGAUUGGCAUUUACACUGGAUUUGGCUAUUCUUUAAAGAAUCUUGAAGAAAGAGGAAUAGUCAUACGUUUUAUCAUUGGCAGAAGUCCUAAUCGUGGUUUUAGCUUGGAUCGCAACAUUGAGGAAGAAAAUUGCACAAAAAAAGAUUUCUUCAAAACAUUUCUCCAAAGCUCAUUUUUAGGUAAUGGUGAUGAUUAUUUCAAUGAUAUGAGAGGGUUCAAGAGCUUAUUGAAAUUAUUGAAGGACAAGCAAAUCUUGAUGCACAGUUUGAUCAUAUACAGGAAACUCUCACUUGAUUUAUGCAAAUCAAGAAUCAUCAGGAGAUACAACACUCCAGUUCCUGAGCAGCAUCCAGAUGAAUGGUUAUUUCAGUUUGUAGCAGGUGUCAAGGCUAUUUUACUGGUGCCUGUUACUCCACAUGGAGUUCUACAACUCGGGUCAUUAGAACACCUUCCUAAGGAUGCAAAAAUGUCCAACUAUAUCAAAAACGAAUUUUUCACACAUCAAGAUUUCAUGAGUUAUUCUGAUACUUUUUCAACAAAUCAACAAUUUACAUCAUCAUUCAUUAUGCAAAGCUUCAAUGAGUUCCCAUCAUUCAUGGAGAACAACAAGAGUUCUGAUGAAGUCAACUAG